AUGAGCGUGGACAGCCUACUCCGCCAGAGGGCCACGCCAGUUAUGGCCGAGGAAAAAGAUCCCAACGGCUUAAGUCGUUCCACGUCCUUCAUGGCGACUAUUGAGUAUGAUGACGGUGGCAUCAACAGGACUUCAAAAGCCUUGACGCAGCCCAAGUCCCAGGGGGCUUCUCAAGCCAUGCUACAUGCCGUGGGCAUGAAGCCGGAAGAUCUCAACAAAGCGCAGGUUGGGAUAUGCUCUGUCUGGUACCAGGGCAACCCGUGCAACAUGCACUUGCUGUCGUUGGGUGACGAUGUCAAGAAGGAGGUAGACAAGGACCCGAAGUUGUAUGGAUUCCAGUUCAACACCAUCGGCGUCUCCGAUGGCAUGUCCAUGGGCACAAAGGGCAUGAUGUAUUCGCUGCCGUCCCGCGAGAUUAUCGCUGAUAGCAUUGAAUCUGUCAUGGGAGCUCAAUUUUAUGAUGCUCUAGUGACCAUUCCUGGCUGCGACAAGAACAUGCCAGGCUGCGUUAUGGCCAUGAUCCGAAUGAACCGGCCUUCUCUCAUGCUGUAUGGCGGAACCAUCGCCUCUGGACGUUCUUGCAAGGGCGAGGACUUGGACAUUGUGUCCACGUUUGAGGCGUAUGGCAAGUUCAUCGCUGGAACCAUCUCAGACGAGGACCGAGCAGACAUCGUGAGAAAUGCCUGCCCUGGACCAGGGGCCUGCGGCGGCAUGUACACAGCAAACACCAUGGCAACCGCCACGGAGGCUUUAGGCCUGUCGCUGCCCUAUUCGAGCUCCUCGCCGGCAGCCUCACCGGAGAAGCGGGCGGAAUGCCAGCGAGUGGCGCAGUGCGUGAAGGCCAUGCUUGAAAGGAACCUCAAGCCUCUGGACAUCGUCACGAAAAAGUCCUUCGAGAAUGCCAUGGUGCUGGUGAAUGCUUUAGGUGGAUCCACCAAUGCCGUGCUCCACUUGCUGGCUAUUGCUGCGACUGCCGGCAUUGAGCUCAAAAUCGACGACUUCCAACGGAUAAGCGACAAGACAUCGCUGGUGGCCGAUUUGAAGCCCAGCGGAAAGUACAGGAUGGAGGAUGUCCAUCGCAUCGGCGGCAUCCCAGCUGUCAUGAAGUACCUGCUGAAGCUGGGCUGGCUGCACGGAGAUUGCCUCACUGUCACCGGUCAGACGCUGGCCCAAAAUCUGGCCAACGUUCCAGAUUUGGAUUUCGGCGCGCAAGGCGUGAUACUGCCUUUGGAGAAGUGCAUCCAAAAGACGGGCAACAUCAAGAUCCUGCGCGGCAACCUUUGUAUAGAUGGCGCCGUGGCGAAGAUCACAGGGAAGGAGGGAACCUCUUUCACGGGCAAGGCGAACGUGUUCGACAGCGAGGAAGCUAUGCUCAAAGGCUUAGAGCAAGGCAAGAUAAGCAAGGGCGAUUUCAUCGUGAUCCGUUAUGAGGGCCCAAAGGGUGGCCCCGGUAUGCGAGAGAUGCUGACGCCGACGAGUGCAAUUAUGGGUGCUGGGCUGGGUAAGCACGUGGCUUUGAUGACGGAUGGCCGCUUUUCUGGUGGAUCCCACGGCUUCAUCAUCGGCCACGUAUCUCCGGAGGCAUUCGUGGGAGGCGCAAUUGGAUUGAUCCAGAAUGGAGACAUGAUCACUGUGGAUGCAACGAAGCUGCUUCUUACCAUGGACGUAUCCGAUGCGGAACUGGAAAAGAGGAAAGCCGCAUGGAAGCAGCCGCCGCCCAACGUGAAGACGGGAUACCUCGCCAAGUACGCCAGGCUGGUUCAAUCUGCGAGCCUGGGAUGCGUGACAGAUCGCUAG